AGUAGCAUGUGUCCAUUGUGGAUGUAACAGGUGAUUGCAGGCAAGGCAUAUCUGCGAUCGUUUUUUCGUUGGUGUAGUUUACAGAAAAAAGCCUUAUUUUUGUAUUCCCACCUUGUUACCGAUAACUGUGACAGCUCUCUACAGCUUGUGAAUUUGUUUACUGAUUUAUUUUCAACUUCGAAGAAAAAAUGGAGAGGGACUCCACCGGUACUGUAAAAUCCGAGCCGGCUUCGCCUGUGAGGAAAAUUAUUAAUGAAGAUACCUUUGCAGCUAAUUCCCACACCUCUCGGGUUGGGACCUGUGGUACAACUGAUGUCGCUAGAGCCCGGUGGACCCUAUUGAGACAGGCGUUGUGUCACAAGCAGGUGGACAGUCCAGAGGUCAAACAGGUGUCUGUUCGUAGGUUUGCCACAUUUGACCUUUUCAGCAGGAAAAGGCUUGUGACACAAGACCCUAGUGAUACCUCAGAUGACCAGUGGGUGGAGUACAGAAGUGUCUACUUUCCUGAGUACAGUGCCUUACUCAGGGAUAACCUGGGGCCUCUUAGAGUCAAUGAAGUGCUCAACAGUUUUGACAACACUGGUAAUGUCUGUGUGUGGCCAUCUGAAGAGGUGAUGGCUCAUUACUGUCUGCAGAAACGUUUCAUGUUCAAGGGUGCAGUGUGUGAGUUAGGAGGAGGAAUGACUUGUCUUGCUGGACUCAUGGUUGCCAUUUGUGCUGACGUGAAAGAAGUUCUGCUAUCAGAUGGGAACGAGAAGUCCAUUCAGAAUGUACGAGGGCUGGUCGAGAGAAACGGGCAAGCUGGAAAUUUUGGGUCAACGCAUGUAUCUGCCAGGGUGGUGAGGUGGGACUGUGAGUCGGACAUUUCAGCACUGGAGGAUCACUUUGACAUUGUCAUGUGUGCAGACUGUUUGUUUCUCGACCAGUACAGAGCCAGCCUGGUUGAUGCUAUAAGGAGAUUAUUGCAACCCAACGGCAUGGCGUUGGUGUUUGCUCCUCUGCGAGGUGAAACUCUGAGACUGUUUUGUCAGCUGGCCCAGCAGGCCGGACUCUGCGUCUCUCAACACCAGCAGUAUGACGCUCAGGUCAUGGAUGUUCACUUAAAGAUGCUGAGAGAGGGAAAAGAAGCUUAUGAUGAGAACAUCCACUAUCCUCUCCUCAUCACGUUGACCAAAGGACCUCAACCUGUCAGUCACACUACUCAGUAAACCAAAACAAGUGAGCCCUCAGCUCUACAGAGUACUGCUCAACAUAUUUUUGGAUAUUGUGAUGGAUUGAGGCUACAGAGUCAUGUCAAUGCUGGGAUCUAAAUGAGGAGGAAGAAUUGCAGUUUAAGAGCAGUAUUAGAAUAGAGUCGCGUUUGUCUCAAUGUCAGCUGUUUAGUCAAAUAGGCAGAGGAAGCAAAUCAAGUUGUGGUCAUAUUUGAGACAGUUUUCAUAUUGAUACAGACCGCUGAGAGGAUUUAUUAUCAGAUGAUGCAUGGCUUUGGAAAAAUAUUUGAGCGUGCCUGUUUUGCAGUUUGAAGUGUUGCUGAGGAACCACCUCAUUUCCAAAGCAGUGGGGAUACUUUCACUGUGGCUGAAGAGAAAGAAAAGGAGAGGCGCAUAUAUUCCCACCUAGUAUGUUUUAACCAUUUGCCAUAUGCCAAAUAAUUACUGUCAGUCUCCAAAAUAGUCACUCAGUCAGUCAGCCCUUUAAUCAGUUGGCUUGUCAUUCUGGUAGUUGACCAAACACUUAAUCACUGCUCUUAUCAGACAGUCACUCAUCUCUUUGGUUAAUCAGCCAUCCCGGAAAGUGAACCACAUGGCCAGCCAGUCAGGUAGCAUGUCAGUCCUCUGUCAGCUAUUCAAUUACCUAACAUGGCAGUAAAUGAACCAGUUAUCCAGUCACCAUUCCAGCCAACAAGCUCCAACAAGUCAGUUGUUCAGUCAGUCAUUUAGUUACAUUGAAAUUUCCUGAGUCAGUCCUACUGUAGAUGUCAGUUAUUCAAUCAGUCGGCCCUCUUUAACUAGUCAUUAUUAAGCUGUGCCACUGUAUUUCUGGCCCCAGCAUGGAGUCCAGCUCUAAUUCAUUAACUAUCACAGACUGUGGAGCAGCUCACAGUUUCCUGUGUGUUUCCUUUAUUUCUCUUUGUUCCCUGCUUUCCUUGCUUCAGUUUCUUCUAACUCAUUCCUCCCAGUCAGAGGUCAGUAUUAAGAACUUCUUUUGUGCAUUAAUCACAACAGUGCAUUAACACAUUAAGACACGUUCAGACUAAGGAUCAAUUGUUGCUGCCCAGGAGCUACAGCUCGCAUUGUACACAGCAACAUCACCAUGGAUACAAGUAGUCCACAGUACAUCACAAUGUAAUUUAAUUUUACAAAGCCUUGUUGGUGUUAUCAUUCAAAAACAAACGUGUAUACUAUAACUCAGCCUCAGCUCUGUUGUGUCUGCUGUCAUGAAUCCUCCAGGUUGCAUUGACUGCACUGGAUAUCAAACAGGUUUUGUAAAAGAAGUGAGGCUGUCGAGUCUGUUUGAGUUACCAGCUGAAUAUGUCGCUUCAUUCAGCAACAUUUAGCCACUUAAAGUGAGCCAUCUGAUUGGCAACAAUCAGAUCCUGUGGCAGCUGUGAAACACUGCAAAAAGCUCCUAGUCUGACCCCACCUUCAGGAAGGAUGUGUGUUUAAAGAGAGAUGGCGAUUGAGAGAGAAUACAUGCACAUACGUUGUAAUGACUCUUACUACUUGGAUUUAUUGAUAAGUAACCCCAGUACUGUGGAAUAUAUAAAAAGUAUGAAAUGCUCUACAGAGCAGGAUUUCUUUCCAUCUUUUUUUGUCUUUUUGUAAUGCAGAUCACUCACUGGUCUCUUUCCCCCAAUGUCCACUGGAUGCAGACAGUCUGCUGCAGUUCUAUUGUAGCUGGUGUUUAAAUUUCUACUGGCUCUGUGACCGCAGCAUCUCGGAGUUCAUGCAUGCCGGAUGGGUCUAUUUUUGAAGGAUCUGUUUGCGACAUUCACUUUUAAAUGUAAUAAUGUCAUGCCUAGAUAUAUUAACAAUUUACAGGGAAAUUAAUAUUUAAUGGUGCAAUCCUUUGUUAUUGAUUUAGUCUUUACAUAUAUACAGUGAAAAGGUAUUUUCUUGUUUGUUUAUGUCACCUCUCCUGUUAAGUAUGUGAAGCAGGAGAAGGAGUGCUUUGGUUUUAUUUCUGCUAAUAUACAAUAUUCAGAAAAUACAGAUACAAUGAUGGCCUGCUGCACCAGAAGAGUAACUCAAAUGAGUAAAGUACAGCCACAAAGUAGUUGUUACCAGAAUGAUCACAAAUGAGUAGGAAACGUGUUUUCUAUAUGCAUGUAAACCCAAAUAAUUUCUGCAAACCAACUCCAAAAAAGAUCUAAAAAAGACCACUUCAACAGCGGUCUGCCACAUCCAGUGGACAUCCGGGGUUAGAAUGUGAUUUCAAAUUCAUAAACUAUGUGCAACCGUAGAUCUUGAAAGUCACACGAUCUCCUAAUAGCCUCAAAAGCAAAAACUUUUCAGACCAAUUGCUCGUCUAUUUUCUGUUAGCAUUUGUUCUAUCAGCACAAUUUACUGUAUGACUCAGGGUUUUUUUCCCAUGCAUUCAGUUGUUUCUUGUUAAUUGUGAUAUGAAGAAAUGCAAGUAUCAGUGGGUCUCUUAAGCCUAAAGUGGUACUUAUCACUAGUAAGGUGUUUCCAUAUUUCACUGUGAUCCAUUACUGUAUACAACAGCCAAGAAGCUAUGCAGUAUCUCCCAGUGGCUGCUGUUUACAUUCCUCACGUUGAAAAAAUAAUCCACCUUCAGAAAUAAGAGGUAUUCCCUGUGUAACUACUCAGAAAAGUAAAUUUAGCAAGUUUUAUCAGUGGUCUCAAUGCUUUGAGGGCUGAAAUUGCAUUGCAAAAACGUUCCCAUUGCAAAGGUUUAGAAGUGUGUUUAAUGAAGUUUUUAUCUGCAGUUUGCUGUAUACUUUUGUAUCUGUGGGCUAACAAAGGGGAAAAAACAUCCAACGAACUGUGACUGCGUACAGUGACUUUAUCGCUGCCUACUGUGACAUCACCACCACUAACAGUGACGUGAUUUUACAGCACACUGUUUACUGUGACAUCCACACUGCGUUGCUGCUUCUUGCGACAUCACUGCAGCUAUUAGUGGUAAAAUCUUCAAUUGGUGCACUCCGAUCUGCUGUGAUGACACGUUUUCACACGGUGAUGUCGUCAUGUCUUGUUGUGAUAUUAGUGCUGUAUGCUAUGACACUAACCACUUCUCACUGUGACAUCAACACACCAUGAGAUGGUCAUGUGGUUUUUAUUUUGAUUUGUUGACUAAUAACAUAAAUAGUGAAAAAUCCAACAGUUAUAGGCAUAGAAAUGACUGUAUGGUGGCAUGUCUCAGCAAGGAUUUUAUUUUGAUUAUUAUCUGAUUAUCAGAAGUGUUGGUCAAUUGCAGAUCAUGUCCACACUAAUCCAGAUAAAUUUCAAAUUUCAAUUUCUUUCUGUCCAAAAUGAACAUAAUCCCCCCCUAACCACAACAAACAGAACUUCAACAGAAAAACAGAAAAUUCUCCAAUUUGGAUAAAGUUGAAGCUGCUUCAGUAGCAUUUCACUAGAGACAUUUUCAAAAAUAUUGAUUUAUCCACUUUAGUGUGGACAUGGCCUCAUAUAGUCACUUUCCCUCUGCUGUAUUGUAUUCAAUGGGUUGAAUGUUGUUCUUUGCAGUCUAUGGGUGGGUGAUUUUUUUUGGUUAAUGAGUAAAAAUAAAUACAGUUUCUUUGACAAA